AUGGUAAUGAAUGUUUAUCGGGACAUUGCGGCGGUUGUCACAGGCUCGAAAAGAGUACCGGGUCAUGACAAUAAAGAUGUUGAACCAAUGAUUGACCCUAAAGCUGAGCUUGAAAAGGAAAAUGGAUCAAAUAAGGGAACUGAAGUUCUUGGAUCUCUUGAUGGCACCUUUCCACCUAUUCAAAAUCCACAACCAAAACCUCAACCAUCUCCUCCACAUUCUGAAGAGGUUUCAAUCAUGGGUCUUUUUCAUCAAAUGGUUCGUGAGGAGCAAGCUGAGAAAGAAACAGCUCAAACAAAAACACAGCAAGCCACAUCUGCACUAGCACAGAUAGUAGAAAAGCAAACUGAGAAAGGAAAAGAGAAAACUCCUGUAGCCUCACAGACUAAACCAAAACCAUCUGGUAAAGGCAUCAAGAGAAUGGCAAUCGAGACAAAAUUCCUUAAAAGAAGAAAAUCCUCCAGAAUUGCUAAAAAGUCUAAACCAGCAACUAUCUCUUCUCCUCAAGAACCUCUGAAAGUUUCUGACAAAUCCUCACCUGAAACUUCACCACAAAAAUCCCCACCAGAACCUUCUCCUGAACCUCUCAAUGUCAAAUAUUUCACUGGUGAUGAAUCCUCUCCCUCAUCCUCUUCACAAGAUGAUUAA